AUGUCUUACUUUACGGUCUAUCAUGGAAAUAAUGAAGCCACCAUGUUCAACGCCGACUGCACCACCGGCUCUCUAGUCAGUCGAAUGCUCCAACUGCUGCUCCCACACAAUGCCCCAUACACACGAUUAGAACUCGUCCCUCUCAGUUUCGUGUAUGAACACUUCCGUCCUCCCAUUUCCAGAGGCUCCACCAGCACCGGCACUCGCGGCGGCGGAGUUCAAUCUUCUCAAUCUUCUCCAUCGCAACAACAACAACAACAAGAUGUAAAUAAUAAUAAUAAUAAUAAUAAUAGUGAUGGGAUGAUGUUCACCGUAGUGAAGGGACCACCUUUCACGGGGGUAAUUCCACUCAUUGGACUCGCCACUCGGCCGGUGGAAAGUUACGCCGAUGCACUUUUUACAGCCGCGACGAAUAUCAUUCCUUCUUCAACAGCCACAGCGGCUGCGGCUGCGGUUGGGGUUCCUUCCAUGUUGGGAAGUACUUCUUCUUCCUCCUUUGGUCCACCGAUGCCUUUGCAGAAUUGUUUUGUCUUGCUGGGAUGUAGACAUUUUCAUGAACAACGGAGUAAUGGAAAUGGAACUACUACUACUAGUAAUACUACUACUACUACUAUUAAUAAUGUGAAUAAUGUGAAUAAUAUGACAGCAACGGGGAAGUUAACACCAAUAAUGGGAAGGAAAUCCGGAAAUGCCGAGACGGUAUUGAAAGAACAACAAGCCGCUGCACUUUUACGAGCACAAAUGAUUGCCGCUGCCCCUGUGAUUACACAAAACACACAAAGUGGAUUACCAUCUAAUAGUAAUAGAGCCCCAACGCCUCAACCACAAGGAGGAAUGGGAAGUAGUAGUAGUAGUGGAGGUGGUGGAGGAGGAAUAGGAAGUGGGGUAGUAGCAACUGCAGCAGACUGUGCACAGUUAACGGCCUAUAAACAUGGAAUUAUGCCAACCGAUAAAAGUACAGCUCCAUGGCGAAAGGCAUUUAGUCAAUAUCUCACCACCAUGCUUCAACCAACCAUAUCCACAGAUGGAAAUCCAAAUGCAUGUACAUCCCCUAAUAACCAUAAUAACAAUACCGAUACCAGUCCACAUAAACAAAAUGAUGAAACUAUUUCCACAACAACAGCAUCACAACAACAACAACAACAACAACAACAAGCUCCUUCUCCUUCUUCUCCUUCUGCUGCUGCUGCUGCUCAUUCAUUAGAGGAGUCGCAGAAUAGAGCUGUAUUACUUCCACCUGCCGCUACUGGUAUAUUUAAUAUGCCUAUACCACCCAUAACAGGCUAUGAUGUUCUUUGGCGAGGGACCAGUGGAGAACAUAUACGUUUACAAGAGGCUCUAGAUGAGAGAGUUAUCACAGACACAGACACAAAGAAAAAGAAACCGAAACGUGCUUGA